CGACGAGACACGGAAGUCCGCUCAUUUUCGACCUGCCCCAGACUGAUUGAUACCCUUUGGACAUCUUUUGGCACAAUGGUCUCCGACAAGGUCGAAAAGAAGCGCAAGCGCGCCUCUGAUCGCCAUGAGCGGCCUAGCAAGAAGCCCGCGCUGGAAAUCCAAGAUCUGCCCCCUCUAGCUUCGAGCGUGGUGGAGGAUGAUAGCGAACUCGCUCCGGUCAUUGUGACCACCCCCGGCCUUAACGCCCCCCGCAAUCUCCGGCUCAAACCCUACCUGAAAACCCGCAGCAAGACUUCCUCCGCUUCGACGCGCAACAAGGGGAUCGUCUCGUCGGAGCUGCUCCUCCAGUCGUCCGAACACCCCAAGCUGGACUUUGUGGGUCGCGAGGCCGAGGAGGAUGCCGACUCCCAGCUGAAGCACUACGUCGCCGUGGUCGAUCCCGAGAAUAAGACAUGGCAGUUCGUCGAGGUGCGGAAGAUGACGCUGCGCGGUGCGGUGCGGAAGCUGCGCUCCAUUGAUGAAGAGGAGGAGAAGGAGAGCGAGGAGGAGGAGGAGCUGCAAACCCUCCGCGCCCAACGCACCGAACUUACCAACACCUUCGGAACCAAACAAUCCCGCAAAGCGGCGCAAUCCCUGGCCGAGAACGCGCAACUCUCCAACCUGCCCUCGGGGGCGGCCUCGGCCGCAGAAUCCGCCAUCCUGUCCUCGAUGCCAACGGAGGGGGUCAGUGACAUCGCCGCCAAGCAGGCGCAGGUGCAGGCGCAGGUGCAGGCCAACAAGCCGAUCCCGACGCCGCACCUGGACGCCUCGCACCCGGCCGAGGUAUACCCGCUCGCGGAGCUGGUGCCCAACGGCGAGUCGACGCUGCGGCAGCUGCCGGGCGUGCAGGAUUGGAUCGCGACGGCGAACGCGGGCGAGCCGGUGGUCACGACGUCGCGGUACGUCUCGCGGCGCGUCGACGCCGUCAUCCAGUCCGGCAACACCACCCACCUCCAGAUCCUGCGCUUCAUCCUGCUGCUCCUCGAGCUCAACCGCCACCUCAAGCGCGACCCCAAGGGCGCCGGCCCUGGCAGCAAACGCCUCCCGCCGCGCGACGAGCUCCGCACCAUCCUCGCCGGCGGCACCUCCCCUUCCACUACAAGUACCAGUACAUCGGAAUCCCUCGCCGACCCCAUCAUCGACGCCGUCCGCCGCCGCUUCGCUCCCGGCGCCGGCGGCUCCCUCUCCCGCAACGACGUCACCCUCCUCCACACCACCAUCUGCGCCCUCUCGCUGCACAUCCCGCCCCAGCCCGCCAAGGACGGCGGCAGCAGCUCCCAGGGCGGCAACGCCCCCAACGAGCUGGCCACCGACCCCGCCGACCUGCGCGACGACCUCCACCUCGAGAGCCCCGUCAUCCUGCAGUACUUCCGCGAGCUGGGCUGCCGCGUCGACAAGCCCCGCGAGUCCGAGUUCGCCAAGUGGGGCAUCAAGGGCGGCAAGGCCGAGGCCGCUGCCCGCCGCGUGGCGCGCCUGCGCAUUCCCGUGGAGUUUCCUAAGGUGAGCCGCGGGGGUGGCAAGAGACGCUAGUGAAUCCAAGGCAAAAAUGGAGACGAACCAGUGUGUAAGAUCUGAAAGAAGGGUGGUGGUGAUUAGGAUAGUAUGACGCUGUGUGGAUGUGGAAAGAGUAUGGAAGAGGGGCGUGUGGACGUGGAAAUACUCCUCCGUCUCCCGAUAACCAUAGCUUGUCAAAUAACUGUUGUUGUCCUCAAACCAAAAAAAAAGCAUUUGGUCUUUUUUUUUUUUUUU